UGUCGCCAAGGCAACAAUCGCUCGAUCUUCAUGCUUCUCCAGCAGAUCAGGGAUCACGUACUUCUCUUGGCUUUGUCAGCCGCACAGCAUAUAUACUUUCAUUAAAAUAUUAAUUACUUUACUUGCAUGAAAAUACGGAUUUGAUGCUACAGUUUUGAACCGCCUAAAUACAUUGGGAGUAGUUUAUUUGCUGACUGCUGUAAAAAAGAACAUCGAGUUACCACAUGAAGCCAGCUAGAAGCUGAAAAGGACGUCCUCGUGUUGUUGCUGAGGUUUUGGAAGCACCUAAUGAGUCCUGCUUAUUCUUGGUCAAUUCGUUGUCGCAUUUUUACACUUGACGUUUAAUUUAGUGUCUGAGCGAAGGUGUCGUUUCGUUAGCGAAGUGCGACGGCCUCCCACCAUGACAACAGAGUUUUAGUACUAGGGUCAUUAGUUACUCUGGCAUCGUAAGCACAGGGUUGAAAUGUAAUAUGCAAGGCAGCUGUAAAACAGCAAAUAUUUUCUUUGGAUCUGCUUACUGUUCUGCAUAUUAGAAAAGUCUCGUAAAAUCUGCACACGAUGCCUCGUAAAAAUCGAGUCCAGGAUAGCGUCGAUAUGAAACAGAUAGUGGAAGAAAAAAGCAACACUCCUUAUGCUAAAUUGAAUGACUCUUUUUCUCCAAAAAUGAAAAAGCUGAAAAAAGAAAGUACUGCCCAAUGGCAACAACUGACAACACAAGUUGAUGUUGUAUCAAAAUGGCAGAAGUAUGUAUCUUCCAGAAGGAGAAUACAUAGUAAAAAACUUGCCAAAAUGAUUGGUGAACAUAGGGAAGGUCCUGCACCAAAAGGUGUUGUUAAAACGCAAGGUACUUUUGAGACAUUGAAUUCUACACAUAAAGGAAUUGAUUCUGAUAUUGGUGAAGAUGAAGACUUUGAUGAUUUCAAAAGCUCAUUCACUACAGAAUUAACAGGCAGUCUUGGAGAGAGGCCAGCUUCUAGAAAAAAAGCCACAUCAGCUAACAGUCGGGCACUUAUUAUCUACUUUUCAAAACUGGCAGGGAGCUGUAGUGCAGAAGAUGUGAUAGAUCUUGACUUUGUAGAUGGAUUGAUAGAAAAUGGCGCAGAUGUAAAUGCCACUGACACUCAUGGGCAAACUGUGUUCCAUGAAGUUGCAAGAGCUUGGCAUGUUGAUGUUGCAAAGUUCCUUAUUCAUAAAAAUGCUGAUAUUAAUAAAGCUGACAGAUUUGGGCGUACUCCUCUCCAUGUUGCCAGUGCUGUUAAUUAUCCAGAAAUGGUUGAAUUUUUGUGUAAGAAUGGAGGUGAUUUAACUUCGAAAACCCUUCAUGAGAACCAAACACCAGUGCAUUAUGCUGCCAAAAAUGAUGCUGUCAACUCAUUGAAAAUGCUGUUGAAACUAAAUGCAAAUGUGAGUGAUAGGGAUUUUAAGAACAGAACACCACUCCAAUUAGCUGCAGAGUUAGAUCGAUCAGAAACAGCAAUGUAUUUGGUAGAGCAAGGUGUCCCUGCAGGAGUAUGUGAUUCAAGUGGACUGCCAGCCAUGACACUGAUGAUUCAGAAGAUGCCUCUCGUUGCAAAGAAAGCAAUAGGCCAGUUCCAUUCAACAGAUCGAGCUAACCGGAAACAAUGCUUCUACCUGAAUUAUUUAGAGACAAAGUUACCUAGACAAGACACCAGUUACGCAAAAUUACCAAUGGAGUGUACUCUGGAAUUCAAGCACUUGGACCUUAUAAUGCACCCGGUUUUUUUAAAACUCAUUGAAGUGAAAUGGCGAAAAUUUGCUAAAACCAGAUGCCUGUUGCAAGUCGCCUUUCAAGUGUUGUUUGUUAUCAUAUGGACAACCGUUGGUGUUUCAUUACCUAGAGAUUAUAGCUACUACAAGCCAAUGUCCGAGCGAUGGUGGAAUGUCACUCUAGAAAGCAUUGCAGUGCUAUGGACGUUUUAUUUCAUAUUUUUGGAACUAUGGGAAUACAGGGCGUCUUCAGCUGCUAAUGCCAAAUGGAAGAAAUGGAGAAAGGGUGAACUUGAAAAAGACAUGCAGUUUUGCCAUCCAAGAUGGCCAGAGGAGCGAAAAUAUAUAUUACAGGAAAUUGAUGAAGUAGAAAGGUCAAAAAUUUCCUAUUUCAAGGAUGCUUGGAAUUAUUUUGACUGGAUGACAUAUGGCUGGAUUCUCAGCGUGAUAUUGUCGAGGGUGGUUGCUGUUGCUUGGCCAGAGAGUCAAGCCAAGUCACUCCAUACCAGGUUCAUGGCAAUUGCCCUUAUAUUCAUAUGGUUAAGGCUGAUGAAAGUGCUGCGGAUAUUUCAGGCUCUAGGUCCUUUCAUUGUUAUGAUCGGUCAUAUUGUGGACGAUACACUCAAGUUUCUGUUUGUCUAUUGCCUCUUGUUCAUUCCGUACGUUUGUGCUUUUUGGAUAAUAUUUGGUGGGAAAAGCAACUCAGCUAUUAUGAAGGCAGCUUCUCAGCCAGUGACAUCUUGGGAAAAAUUUAAUGACCUUGUCUAUACUGUUAGUCAAAUAACUGUCGUAGGGGAUUUCGCUUUCGAUUCGAUUGCUGCAGUUGAUCGACUGACGUCACAGUUGCUUGUUGGGACAUUUAUUGCCCUUUCUGGUAUCGUUAUGAUAAACUUAUUCAUUGCCUUGAUGUCUGACACGUUUCAACGUGUUUAUGACAACGCCAAAGCCAAUGCCGUGAUGGAACGCGCCUCCGCAAUUUUUGAUGUAGAGCAACAACUCAGCAAAAAGAAAAGGGAUUGGUUCAGAAGAUUCAUUCACACACAUUGCUGUCCAUUGCAAGACUAUUAUGAUGACGAUGACACGGAAGAUGGAGGAGAGCUUGAGAAAAUGACGUUUCAGAUUAAAGAAGUUGUUGAUGGUAUUGAUGACGACAUAAAAGCGGCAUUUCAGGACGGAGGCUUGAGGCGGUCUGUCGAAGCGGAGUUCCAGGCAAUGAAGGAGAUGGUUAGUGACGCAUCUAAAAAGCAGGAGCGAAAGAUGCGGCAAGUAGACCGAAAACUGGACGAGUUGACCGUCCUCGUAAAUGAGCUAAUGAACCGGACGGCACCUGCUCAAAAUAGGUUGGCAAAUCUACCACCGCCGUCAGCACUUUCGAAAUCUUUUGGGGAAACAUAAAAGUUGCAGUGACACCAACUCUCUCCAACCAUUGUCAGUCAGUUUCGCCUUUGCGGUCAUCUGUUUAAAAAAUGUCGCUCAUCUUAGAAGCCCACUGUUAUCAUGUCCAAUCAGAUUAUAAUAUCGCCAUAUUUUUAAGAGGUCCAUCCAUGCAUAAGUUUGUUAUUUUAGAGCUGGAAUACUUGUCCAAUAUCGAUUACAAAUUUAUAUUGACAUCUCCCUCCCAUCCCCCUCUUACUUUUCCAAAAAUGUUUCAAGCGUGAUUUCUAUAUAUUUAAAAAAGAAAGCAGAUAACUGUGACUUUUAGAUCUUCAAACACCAUAGACUUGGCAAUGUCAGUGGCUUUUCGGUUACGUUUGCACUGUCUUGUGUUUCAACUGUACCUUUAGUCGACCCAAUAUCAUUUUUCUACUUUCUCUGAGGAUAAGUACUAGGCAAAGUGAUUUCUUUACGAUUGGUCUAGCUCAACCUUUUACUUCUGGCCUAUUUUUCAGUUACCAUCAUUUUUUAUAAAAAAACGAGAGUCCUUUUGAUGUCAUUGAUUUUGAUAUUUCAGGUUCUGACAGGUAUAAUUUUGCGUUUACUUUUGCUCUGAUGAAGCCCCAUAUGCCGGUGCGAAAUAUUAGCCAUCACUUAUUUGUGUGUUUAUUGUUGUUCAUUCUCAUCGCGUUGCGGUGUUCCUUAAACACUACUAUAAUUUUGCAUGCUGAGAAAGUUUUAUUUGGUACUAGAAACUUUUACGCAGGAUAACGCCCAUGAAGUUGGUUUUGUGAGAAAUUUUAGAGACACAAAAUCUUUGUAUUGCUGGUAUCUAAAGUUUUAUCCGAACCAGCCAAUCACAAAGAUCUAAAGUUUUGGAGUUAUGCCUUUUUAGUUGAAACUUUAGUUGGUUCUUAGUUUUUUUGCUUCGAGUAUUGAAGAUUCUUGGCUUCUUGUACUCGUCUUUUAUAGGAAUUUCCUAACGAAAAGAAACGGGUGUAGUUGAAUACCGAAAACAUGAUUUUGUUGAAUACCGAAAACAUGAUUUUGUUGAAUACCGAAAACAUGAUUUUGUUGAAUACCGAAAACAUGAUUUUGUUGAAUACCGAAAACAUGAUUUUGCAUUUUCAAGCAGGAUGCCACAUCAAUCUGUCGAUUUAUAGAUCUGUUAGUAUUACGUCUUUACGCGUUGCAU